AUGGAUUUCACGGGCGUCGUGCCUCAGGACAGCGGCGCUGACAUUAAGAGGAGGAUUCUCGAGUUCACCGCGAGCGCGACCAGUUCAUUGCGUCAAUCCCCAGAGCACCAAGUCCUAACGCUCGCGUCGUCCUACCGCAAUGCGGCGCCCUGCGAUUUCUUCGACAAGCUCAAGCACGGCAGUUACAACAUCUGCUACUUUGUGCAGUUCCCCGACGGCGUGAAAUGGGUCGUGCCGUACGCGGCGAGCGAUAGCCCCGAGCCGUUAUCGUCGUUCCUUAUCCUGGAGUUCGUCAAGGGCCAGAAGCUCGAUCUCAGCAAGCUCAAGAACCUCCCCGAGCGGCAGCAAGCCAACCUGUACACCUCGCUAGCCGACAUCUAUUCGAUAUCUUCUCGUCCACGGAGAUCACCUUCCAGUUUACGCUCUAGCCAUCAGGACGUAGACAGCCGCAUCACCAUUCCACCUUAA